AAAAACCAUUUUAUAUCAGCAACAACUGUCAUCUUUGCCUAGCUGUGAGCCUGUGAGAUAUUUUCUAGUUUGAGCCGGUUGUGGAAGACAACUCCAUCCUUAACUAGCUGCAAGCAGCAUUGGCUGCAGCUGUGGGAAUUGAAAUAACCUCUUCAAUAUCAGCAAUUGCAACUACCACAUGGCUUCUCCUCGAACAAUCUCUCCUCAUCUCACGGAGGGAAAUCUACUCCUCACUUGUUCAACUAGAACACCAGCUACUAUUAUCUCACUUAAAACGCGCCACAACUUACAGGAAGUAAAAUAAUUACAUGCGCAGUUUGUUGGUCAUCAUCCCUCAAGUGAUAGAAGGCUCCUCGAGUAUUGUGUUACAAUGUUGCAGAUUUAUUAUGCUGUUCGAUCUUGAGAGACUACCUUCUCCUGACGUGUUUUAGAGGGCCUAACAAUGGGUAAGUUUCCUCAUGAAUCUUUGUUACUGUAUGAUGAAUUCCUACUGGCUACCUUUUACCAGACAACUACACUACACAUCUUUGUCCUUGAAGCAUGCUUCCAUUUGAAAGCUCUUUUUGAAGGAAAACAAGUGCAUUGCCAGAUAAUUAAGGCAGGAAUAGUACCAGAUACCCACAUCCAUAGCUCCCUAAUUCGUAUGUACACAAAUUCAGGAAGCAUAGAUGAUGCCGAAGGUGUUCUUGGAGAAUUCUCAGAAGAGAAUACGCUUCCUAAGAAUGCCAUGAUUUCAGGUUACUUGAGCGAGGGUCAUGUAGACAAGGCUAGAAAAAUGUUUGAUAACACAGCAGCAAACGAUGCAGCAUCUUGGAGUGCAUUAAUAACAGGAUAUAUAAAGAAUGGAGCUUAGCAUCAGGGAAGAUGGAUACAGGCAUACAUUGAAAAACUGGAGUUCUUACGAGCACUAAACUCAGUACUGUCUCAUCGAUAUGUAUGCAAAGUGUGGCAGCAUUGAGUGUUGUGCUUAUGAAUUAUUUCAGAAAAUGCCCCAGAGAGACAUUGUAACACGGGGACUUAAGAUUUCAGCUUCUGCCAUCUAUGGCCAAGCUAAAAAAUGUUUUCAACUGUUUGAUGAGAUGCUUGCUGAUGGGAUACAUCUAAAUAAAGUCAUCU